UGCUCUCCAGAGCCCCGCCCACACGCUGAACGCGGAUGUGAAUUACACUGAAUCAAAUGAACCAGAAGAUCCGGAUCCACAGCGAAAAAUAUCCGCGUAUGCCCGCAUAAUAAACCGAACACGCGUGUGUGAAGGAUGCAAGAAACCGAUAUUGUGUCCGGGGACGUCAUAUCCAACGAGCGAGAUGGCGCUGGCGGCGCUGAAGAGGCGGUGGAGAGCGGGCUGAUCCUGGACGAGUCCUGCUCUGGGAUCCUGUUCGCUGGUCUGGACAGACACACGGAGGACUGGAGCAUCGAGCCGCGCUGUAGUUUGAAUGACAGCGAAUCUGAGGAGGUUCUGAACGCCAUCAACCCAAACGAGAUGUACACGUCAGCGCUGUCCGAGAGCGACAGCGGCCUGUCUGAAGAUCAGUACUCAGACGAGCAGAACCACAGCGGCAGCCUGCAGCCGCCCGCUGUCUAUCAGGUGGUGUAUGACAUCAGCGGUGUGGGCGGAGUCAUCGCAGAGCAGCAGCCGCCACGUAUGGAUGUGAUCUCCAUAGAGCUGGACGAGUGGAGCUCUCAGAUGCUGCUGUCAGAGUCGUGUGUGGUCAACGAGCUGGUGUCAUCCGUGAAAGUGGAGAAUGUUUCUACUCAUGACAUGCAAAACAUGCAAAACCCCGACAGCUUUUUGGUUUAUCCUGAACUUCAGCUCACAGAGGAGGAACAAAAGCUCCUGGAUCAGGAGGGAAUUUCACUGCCCAAUAAUCUGCCCUUAACGAAGGCCGAGGAGAGAAUCCUGAAGAAAGUGAGACGGAAAAUCCGGAACAAACUCUCGGCACAGGACAGUCGCAGGAGGAAGAAGGAGUAUAUAGACGGUCUGGAGAGCAGGGUGGCAGCGUGUUCAGCUCAGAAUAAAGAGCUGCAGAGAACCGUCACCCAGCUGGAGAAACACAACAUGUCUCUUAUGGCGCAGCUGCAUAAACUGCAGGCGUUGAUCAAGCAAACGGCCACCAAAGCGGCGCAGACGAGCACAUGCAUCAUGAUUCUCAUCUUCUCUUUGGCUCUUCUCAUAUUCCCAAGUUACAGUCCGUUCAGCCGGAGUUCCCAGUCACUGGAGGACAGUUACGCUCCGUCCGGAGUCAUGUCCAGAAACAUCCUGAAUGACGCCGGCUCUCCUGCGCUCCUGGAGGACGCGGGGGAAGAUGAGCCGAUGGUUUCAGUGCCCACAGAACUCAAACUCUCAGACACAGACUGGGACUCUGACGGGCCGCAGCAGCCAGAAGAGGCUUUGAUUGGCGAGCAGAAGAACGGCACGGCUGCGACCGGAGCAGACGCAGACACGCUGUCUAUGGCUUUAACGGCUCCUGUAGCUGCAGGAAAUGCAGACGCAGCCAAACCGCCGCAUGCAGAUGAAAUGUGAGCGUUCCUGUUAGACGCGGGCAGAGGUUCAGCUCCGGGUGUGGCCGGCUCUGUUUGAGAAGCAUUUUCCUGAAACGCCAUUAUUUAUUCUCACUGAACUCAGACACAGGUGUGUUUGAGCAGCCAGUGUUCUCUUGCAUCAUCAUCAUUAUCAUCAUCAUCAUCAUCAUCAGAUGAUAAUCAUGUGCUUUAGUGUGUCCGGAAAUUAAUACAUAAUAAUGUUUGAUUGAGGGACAUUUCUGUUUGUACCUUAAAUUUGUUUAGUACUGAUUUGGUUGUCACUUGUGCUGCUUUUUAUGGAAACUUGUUUCUGCCACAGAAUAACAAAAUAAAAGUAGGUAAUUGCAACUUUUUAUCUCACAAUUCUGACCUUUUUUCACAAUUGCAAGUUUAUAUCUGUAUAAACUUUAUAUCUAACAAGUAUAUAUAGGAAAAAAAUCUGAAUUGUGAGAUAUAAACUUGAAUUGCGAGAUAAAGUCAGAAUUGUAAGAAACAUCAGAAUUGCAAGAUAUAAACUUCGAAAUGUAAAAAAAAAUCGGAAUUGCGAGAUAUAAACUCGGAAUUGCAAAAAAAAAUCCGAAUUGCAAAAAAAUCAGAAUUGUGAGAUAUAAAGUUCGAAUUACGGGAAAAAAAUCAGAAUUGCGAGAUACAAACUUCAAAUUGUGGGAAACAAAAUCAGAAUUGCGAGAUAUAAAUUUUGAAUUGUGAAAAAAACAGAAUUGCGAGAUAUAAACUUUGAAUUGCGGAAAAAAAAUCAGAAUUGUGAGAUAUAAACUUUGAAUUGUGAAAAAAUCAGAAUUGCGAGAUAUAAACUGAAUUGCAGAAAAAACAGAAUUGCGAGAUAUAAACUUCGAAUUGUGAAAAAAAAUUAGAAUUGCGAGAUAUAAACUUCGAAUUGCGAAAAAAAUCAGAAUUGCGAGAUAUAAACUUCGAAUUGCAGGAAAAAAAUCAGAAUUGCGAGAUAUAAACUUCGAAUUGUGAAAAAAAUUAGAAUUGCGAGAUAUAAACUUCGUAUUGCGAAAAAAUCAGAAUUGCGAGAUAUAAACUUCGAAUUGCAGGAAAAAAAUCAGAAUUGCGAGAUAUAAACUUCGAAUUGUGAAAAAAUCAGAAUUGUGAGAUAUAAACUGAAUUGCAGAAAAAACAGAAUUGCGAGAUAUAAACUUCGAAUUGUGAAAAAAAAUUAGAAUUGCAAGAUAUAAACUUCGAAUUGCGAAAAAAAUCAGAAUUGCGAGAUAUAAACUUUGAAUUGUGAAAAAAAUUAGAAUUGCGAGAUAUAAACUUCGUAUUGCGAAAAAAUCUGAAUUGUGAGAUAUAAACUUGAAUUGCGAGAUAAAGUCAGAAUUGUAAGAAACAUCAGAAUUGCAAGAUAUAAACUUCGAAAUGUAAAAAAAAAUCGGAAUUGCGAGAUAUAAACUAGGAAUUGCAAAAAAAAAUCCGAAUUGCAAAAAAAUCAGAAUUGUGAGAUAUAAAGUUCGAAUUACGGGAAAAAAAUCAGAAUUGCGAGAUACAAACUUCAAAUUGUGGGAAACAAAAUCAGAAUUGCAAGAUAUAAAUUUUGAAUUGUGAAAAAAACAGAAUUGCGAGAUAUAAACUUCGAAUUGCGGAAAAAAAAUCAGAAUUGUGAGAUAUAAACUUUGAAUUGUGAAAAAAUCAGAAUUGCGAGAUAUAAACUGAAUUGCAGAAAAAACAGAAUUGCGAGAUAUAAACUUCGAAUUGUGAAAAAAAAUUAGAAUUGCGAGAUAUAAACUUCGAAUUGCGAAAAAAAUCAGAAUUGCGAGAUAUAAACUUCGAAUUGCAGGAAAAAAAUCAGAAUUGCGAGAUAUAAACUUCGAAUUGCAGGAAAAAAAUCAGAAUUGCGAGAUAUAAACUUCGAAUUGUGAAAAAAUCAGAAUUGUGAGAUAUAAACUGAAUUGCAGAAAAAACAGAAUUGUGAGAUAUAAACUUCGAAUUGUGAAAAAAAAUUAGAAUUGCGAGAUAUAAACUUCGAAUUGCGAAAAAAAUCAGAAUUGCGAGAUAUAAACUUCGAAUUGCAGGAAAAAAAUCAGAAUUGCGAGAUAUAAACUUCGAAUUGUGAAAAAAAUUAGAAUUGCGAGAUAUAAACUUCGAAUUGUGAAAAAAUCAGAAUUGUGAGAUAUAAACUGAAUUGCAGAAAAAACAGAAUUGCGAGAUAUAAACCGAAUUGUGAAAAAAAAAAUUAGAAUUGCAAGAUAUAAACUUCGAAUUGCGAAAAAAAUCAGAAUUGCGAGAUAUAAACUUCGAAUUGCAGGAAAAAAAUCAGAAUUGCGAGAUAUAAACUUCGAAUUGUGAAAAAAUCAGAAUUGUGAGAUAUAAACUGAAUUGCAGAAAAAACAGAAUUGCGAGAUAUAAACUUCGAAUUGUGAAAAAAAAUUAGAAUUGCGAGAUAUAAACUUCGAAUUGCGAAAAAAAUCAGAAUUGCGAGAUAUAAACUUCGAAUUGCAGGAAAAAAAUCAGAAUUGCGAGAUAUAAACUUCGAAUUGUGAAAAAAAAUUAGAAUUGCGAGAUAUAAACUUCGUAUUGCGAAAAAAUCAGAAUUGCGAGAUAUAAACUUCGAAUUGCAGGAAAAAAAUCAGAAUUGCGAGAUAUAAACUUCGAAUUGUGAAAAAAUCAGAAUUGUGAGAUAUAAACUGAAUUGCAGAAAAAACAGAAUUGCGAGAUAUAAACUUCGAAUUGUGAAAAAAAAUUAGAAUUGCAAGAUAUAAACUUCGAAUUGCGAAAAAAAUCAGAAUUGCGAGAUAUAAACUUUGAAUUGUGAAAAAAAUUAGAAUUGCGAGAUAUAAACUUCGUAUUGCGAAAAAAUCAGAAUUGCGAGAUAUAAACUUCGAAUUGCGAAAAAAAUCAGAAUUGCGAGAUAUAAACUUCGAAUUGCGAAAAAAAUCAGAAUUGUGAGAUAUAAACUUCAAAUUGUGAAAAAAAAUUAGAAUUGCGAGAUAUAAACUUCGUAUUGCGAAAAAAUCAGAAUUGCGAGAUAUAAACUUCGAAUUGCAGGAAAAAAAUCAGAAUUGCGAGAUAUAAACUUCGAAUUGUGAAAAAAUCAGAAUUGUGAGAUAUAAACUGAAUUGCAGAAAAAACAGAAUUGCGAGAUAUAAACUUCGAAUUGUGAAAAAAAAUUAGAAUUGCAAGAUAUAAACUUCGAAUUGCGAAAAAAAUCAGAAUUGCGAGAUAUAAACUUUGAAUUGUGAAAAAAAUUAGAAUUGCGAGAUAUAAACUUCGUAUUGCGAAAAAAUCUGAAUUGUGAGAUAUAAACUUGAAUUGCGAGAUAAAGUCAGAAUUGUAAGAAACAUCAGAAUUGCAAGAUAUAAACUUCGAAAUGUAAAAAAAAAUCGGAAUUGCGAGAUAUAAACUCGGAAUUGCAAAAAAAAAUCCGAAUUGCAAAAAAAUCAGAAUUGUGAGAUAUAAAGUUCGAAUUACGGGAAAAAAAUCAGAAUUGCGAGAUACAAACUUCAAAUUGUGGGAAACAAAAUCAGAAUUGCAAGAUAUAAAUUUUGAAUUGUGAAAAAAACAGAAUUGCGAGAUAUAAACUUCGAAUUGCGGAAAAAAAAUCAGAAUUGUGAGAUAUAAACUUUGAAUUGUGAAAAAAUCAGAAUUGCGAGAUAUAAACUGAAUUGCAGAAAAAACAGAAUUGCGAGAUAUAAACUUCGAAUUGUGAAAAAAAAUUAGAAUUGCGAGAUAUAAACUUCGAAUUGCGAAAAAAAUCAGAAUUGCGAGAUAUAAACUUCGAAUUGCAGGAAAAAAAUCAGAAUUGCGAGAUAUAAACUUCGAAUUGCAGGAAAAAAAUCAGAAUUGCGAGAUAUAAACUUCGAAUUGUGAAAAAAUCAGAAUUGUGAGAUAUAAACUGAAUUGCAGAAAAAACAGAAUUGUGAGAUAUAAACUUCGAAUUGUGAAAAAAAAUUAGAAUUGCGAGAUAUAAACUUCGAAUUGCGAAAAAAAUCAGAAUUGCGAGAUAUAAACUUCGAAUUGCAGGAAAAAAAUCAGAAUUGCGAGAUAUAAACUUCGAAUUGUGAAAAAAAUUAGAAUUGCGAGAUAUAAACUUCGAAUUGUGAAAAAAUCAGAAUUGUGAGAUAUAAACUGAAUUGCAGAAAAAACAGAAUUGCGAGAUAUAAACCGAAUUGUGAAAAAAAAAAUUAGAAUUGCAAGAUAUAAACUUCGAAUUGCGAAAAAAAUCAGAAUUGCGAGAUAUAAACUUCGAAUUGCAGGAAAAAAAUCAGAAUUGCGAGAUAUAAACUUCGAAUUGUGAAAAAAUCAGAAUUGUGAGAUAUAAACUGAAUUGCAGAAAAAACAGAAUUGCGAGAUAUAAACUUCGAAUUGUGAAAAAAAAUUAGAAUUGCGAGAUAUAAACUUCGAAUUGCGAAAAAAAUCAGAAUUGCGAGAUAUAAACUUCGAAUUGCAGGAAAAAAAUCAGAAUUGCGAGAUAUAAACUUCGAAUUGUGAAAAAAAAUUAGAAUUGCGAGAUAUAAACUUCGUAUUGCGAAAAAAUCAGAAUUGCGAGAUAUAAACUUCGAAUUGCAGGAAAAAAAUCAGAAUUGCGAGAUAUAAACUUCGAAUUGUGAAAAAAUCAGAAUUGUGAGAUAUAAACUGAAUUGCAGAAAAAACAGAAUUGCGAGAUAUAAACUUCGAAUUGUGAAAAAAAAUUAGAAUUGCAAGAUAUAAACUUCGAAUUGCGAAAAAAAUCAGAAUUGCGAGAUAUAAACUUUGAAUUGUGAAAAAAAUUAGAAUUGCGAGAUAUAAACUUCGUAUUGCGAAAAAAUCAGAAUUGCGAGAUAUAAACUUCGAAUUGCGAAAAAAAUCAGAAUUGCGAGAUAUAAACUUCGAAUUGUGAAAAAAAAUUAGAAUUGUAAGAUAUAAACUUCGAAUAAUGAAAAAAUCAGAAUUGUGAGAUAUAAACUUCGAAUUGUGAAAAAAAUUUGAAUUGUAAGAUGAUAACUUCGAAUUGCGAAAAAAUCAGAGUUGCGAGAUAAAAAGUCGCAAUUACCUUUAUUUUUUUAUUCUGUGGCUGAAACAAGCUUCCAUAGAUUUUACACUGGCACAAAAAACUUUUAUUUUUAAUCACAUGAUCUGACACGGAUCAGAUGUGGUUGCGCCGGUGUUAACAGAAGAAACUACAGGAGAGGGUUUUUCUGUCCAUCUGAUCCUCUUCCAGAUGUGGUUUAAAACCCGCUACAGAUCUGAUCUACGUCUGAACACUGGAAUCCAGACAGUCUUUAUGAAGCAGAUUCACACUAAACCUCAAAGCUGCUCUUACGCUUUUGCUUCUUAUAAUUAUCUGAAAAGAUGAAUCCAGACGAGGCGGUUCAGAACCGAGCUUAAUGUCAACAGACAUCAGAUCUGAGAUCAUUCAAAGACUUCGGCUUGUAGAAUAUCCAUGUUUAUUGCUUCAGAUUGUCUGAGGAUGGAAUGGAUUGGGUCUUUUCUUAUUUUAUUGUCUUCUGAAUAAAAGUUACAUUCAUAAUA